GAGAAAGAAAGGUUAGAUGCAGAAAAGAAGAAGCCAAAGAUGAAUGGAUUCGACAAGACAUCAUCCAUAGGAGACUUCUUAACCCCGCGCCCUGCCCAAUAUGUAAUACAGAAGCUCACCAAUUUCGAAUUUGUAGAACUAUGGUACUUCUCACCAGACGGAUGCAAGGAAGCUCUCAGGUCCUCCCACUCCAUCGCAGAGAAUGACUUGAGCAUCAUGAUGAUAGAUGACCAGCUCACUCUACGCCCAUCCUCAGCAUUAAAAGCCUCCAAAGCAGCACUAGCAGAUCACAAACUACUGUUUUCAAAUUUCCUCCGGGAAAAGAACCUGUUCCUAGUGCAAAUCAGCAAGGCCGAAUGGUGUCAUAUCCCGCAUUGCGGACCAACAUCCGAUGACGUUCCCACACCUCAUCCGGACCUCCAGACCUCCUGUCCAUAUCUCCAGACCCAAUCCUCUAUCCAUCCGGAUCCCUGA